UCGGGCAACAUAUUUCAACCAAUCCGCCGACAACAAGCCACUUCACCAAGUCAACCUACCCGAACCCCCAAGCACAACAAAACCAUGUCCGCAGAUAUCGAAAUGGAAGAGCAAGCCGCCACCAAUUCCAAACCCCCAUCGGAGAAAAAAUCGACCAAGAAACGCAAAUCGAUCACCACUGAGGCUCCGGAUGUAGAGAACACAACCCAACCAACCGAACCGACGACAACGACCCCAAACAAGAAGAAAGAGAAGAAGAAAAAGGGAACAACCACCACUACUGAUAAUGAGGAGGCUGAGAACGAAAGCUCGAAGAAGAAGAAGGCCAAACAAUCGGCCGAUGCUGAAAACGAUGCUGACCAAAACAUCAACUUGGACGCCAUGAGUCCUAUUGCUCAUCCUCUGGCCGAUAAGAAAUUGAGCAAGCGGGUCUUGAGAACGGUCAAAAAAGGUUCGAAACAAAGACGAAUUAAGAGAGGUGUCAAGGAAGUAGUCAAAGCGUUGAGGAAGGGUGAGAAAGGGUUGGUUGUGAUGGCCGGAGAUAUUUCACCCAUGGAUGUCUUGACACAUAUUCCUUUGUUAGCCGAGGAAAACGGAUCUGGAUAUAUCUUUGUGCCUACCAAGGAAUCACUUGGAGCAGCUUCUUCCACAAAACGGCCAACGAGCUGUGUGAUGAUUUCCACUACGCGAGGUGGAAGUGAAGCCAUACAAAAGAAAUUUGCUGAAAAGAAAAAGGCAAUGGUGGCAGCAGAUCCAACCAAAGCUGCGAAAAUUCAAGCCGAUGAAGAUGAAUACACUGCCUCUUUCGAAGCCGUCCUCGGUGAAGUUCUACAACUUAACGAGAAAAUCGCAUUUUGAUUUCCCUCUCUUCCCCAAAUCUUCAUAUUUCAUAAUAUUUUCUCCUUGUAAGCUUUGGACCGUUCUUCUUCAUUGUUCGUCUUCCCUUCCUCAAAUAAAACAUGAUUCAUACUCAACCUGGACUGCCUUUGGCAUUGAAAACGCCAAGAUCGUUGUAUGUGUAACUUGAUUCAGAGUACAAUUGCAACCUUGUUCAG